AGUUUAACCAAUUUAAGGACAGCAAGCGGGUGAGAGAUUGUGAUCAGUGGGCACCUGCCGUCUUCCACUGUCGACAGAAGGAACAUGCACUGCCUGUGUGCCGCGCUGCUGCUGUCAGGGAUUCUGGGCGUAUAUGCCCCUAUUAGCUUUAAUUCAGGAAGCUGCGCGAACAACGUCGGCCAUGAAAUGGACGCGGGCACCAUGUGGUUUCACAAGGGGGAGUGUGCUAAAUAUGGCUGCUUCGUGAAGAAUGACGUGAGAAUCCGAUACAGGGAAACGUGCCCGGAUUACCCCAUCCCAAGCUGCGCGUUCAACCUGAAGAAAGACCCGAACGGUCCCUUCCCAGAGUGCUGUGAUGUCCCAUAUUGCAGAAAUUCUAUUAUAGGAAAAUAAACUACGUGUUCUGCGCCGACGUA